GUGCCAAUGGACAGCGAGUUCGGCUGUGUUUGACAUAUUGUUUUGUUCUGCGAAGUUACAUUGUGAAAACAAGCUAUUUUCUUACUGAUAAACAGUCAAAGAUCAAGUUUUACGGUAAAAUGUUAUGAUGCAUGUGACCCAUAGCAGGGGUUGCAUUGUAAUAUGCACAGUAAUCACGUUAUCUACAAUUUACAGUAUGAAAUAGUGUUGUGAUCUGUAUUUGUAUCAUAGGUUCUGGAUGUCAUUGCGCUGACUAUGUUUUCUUUUUGGUUUCUGUGAACAUUAUCGUAGUAUAUAAUAUUGUCAUUUGCAGUUUCUGGUAGACCUUGAAUGUAGACAGCCAGUAUGCCUUGUACUUGUGUCAAUUGGAGGAGGUGGAUUCGUCCCUUGGUCGUGGUUUUGUAUAUUUUGGGGUUGGUGGUAGUUCUUCCAUUUUGUAUCUGGGAGUUGCAGAAGUCUGAGGUUGGGACACACACCAAAGCAUGGUUUAUUGCUGGGAUCUUUGUGUUUAUGACAAUACCAAUAUCACUUUGGGGGAUCCUGCAGCAUCUAGUCAACUAUACUCAGCCUGAACUGCAGAAACCCAUAAUCAGGAUAUUAUGGAUGGUGCCUAUAUACAGUUUAGACAGUUGGAUUGCUUUGAAAUAUCCAAACAUUGCAAUCUACGUGGACACCUGCAGAGAGUGCUAUGAAGCCUAUGUAAUUUACAACUUUAUGAUCUUUCUUCUGAACUACCUGAGCAACCAGUACCCCAGUCUGGUGUUAAUGCUGGAAGUCAAAGAACAGCAGAGACAUCUCCCUCCUCUGUGCUGCUGUCCAUCAUGGCCCAUGGGAGAGGUGCUGCUAUUCAGAUGCAAGCUUGGGGUGCUGCAGUACACAGUUGUUAGACCUUUCACCACUGUUAUAGCACUAAUCUGUCAGCUAUGUGGAGUGUAUGAUGAAGGAAACUUCAGCACCAAAAAUGCUUGGACCUACCUGGUGAUUUUCAACAAUUUAUCACAACUGUUUGCCAUGUACUGCCUUGUGCUCUUUUAUAAGGCGCUGAGGGAGGAGCUGAACCCUAUCCGUCCAGUUGGGAAAUUCCUCUGUGUGAAACUGGUUGUAUUUGUGUCCUUCUGGCAAGCUGUUUUUAUUGCGUUUCUGGUUAAAGUUGGGAUUAUUUCUGAUUCCCACACCUGGGACUGGGACAGUGUGGAAGCUGUUGCAACAGGUUUACAGGACUUUGUCAUCUGUGUGGAGAUGUUUCUUGCUGCGAUAGCUCACCACUACAGUUUCACAUACAAACCUUAUGUACAAGAAGCUGAGGAGGGCUCAUGUUUCGACUCCUUUCUUGCCAUGUGGGAUAUUUCUGACAUUAGAGCUGACAUAUCGGAACAAGUGCGCAAUGUUGGGAGAACAGUUUUAGGCCGUCCUCGGAAAAUGUAUUUUUCAGAAGAACAGGAGCACAACGAGCACACCAGCCUUCUGUCCGGUGGAGCCCAGGAGCCUGCCACAGAUGUCUCUUCUAUGCCACCUUCCCCCACGGGUCGCUAUCAAGGGUUUGGGCGGACGACCAUGACUCCCCACUCUUUAUCAGCGCCUGCAGGGCUCUUCAGCUCUGCCAGUGACACACAGUAUGAAGAUUUCCCAAAUUCACUGCCCCAGGAUACCAAGGAACUUCCAGAUCAGGUCAAUCGCACAGAGUCUUGAUCACUUACACAACAAAUGCCCUCGUUCUAUUUUGAUGUCUAAAAACUGUUCAUGUCAUUAAGGUAUGUUCUAGUGCUUUGUGUAGAUUUCAUAAAUACAGGAUUUUUUUUUGUUUUGUUUUCCGGCAUUGACAUUUGACCAAAAGCUGAAAGAGUUUUCGUAGCACAAUGUUACAGCGUAAGGUUUGUCAAAAUUGUGGUAUUUUGUUCUUGAAGGACCUUUAAGCUGUUGGUGGCAUUACAUUAUGUUUAUUUUACUUUUGAAUACUGACAGACAACCUGUGCUUUGUGAAUGUUAUGAUUGUGUCGCACACAAUACUGUGUCAUGCCAUACCUGGCCAUAGUCUAAAAUUCCUAAUCAUAGUAUAUUUAUUAGAUAUAUUGCUUUCACAGCCUACUAAACUGGGACUUUCUUUAUAUUCAGAGCUUACCAAGCUUAGCAAAAAACAUUGAACCUUCAAGCAGAGGCUUCCUAGGUUUUUUACUGUCAGCCUUUAUUAAAAAAUUCUCAAAGGUCUUAUGUUGAUUGAGGAUGGCAAGAAUAACCAAAUAGCUAAAGUCAAAUGAUCACUAGUAUAGUUUACUGCAGAUAAUCAGCAAUUACUUUUAGCACUUGGCUCAUAUCACAACUUGCAAAUAUAUUGACCAACUGAGGAGGAACUUGUGCUACACAAAAGUGUUGACAGUUGCCAGCUCGUAAGCAAGUAUUUAUUUUUUUUAAAUAAUGUUGAAAUAUACUUUUAUGGAAACACCACAAACUCUCUAAUAAAUGGACCUAUCAAAUUACAAGAGCCUUCGGUGACAACAGUUGUUCUUAGUGCAGUUUCUAAUAGAAAGGAGUCCAUUAUCACCUAAGCAUAUAUAUAAGGUUUGAGAGAGCAAGGGGAUGCUAAAGGGAAGCUAUGUCGCUGUGCCUUAGUGUCUGUAUGUGGAAUUGCUUGAAACAAAAUUUCCUGUGGUUCAUAAGAUGUACAUAUCUUUUGCUCCACCAGUCAGAGGCAAAGAAGUUAAUUGUGACCUAGAUUCUGAUACCCUCAAAAAAGUAUGGAAUGUCAAUACCAAGUUCUGUCACCAUCAGAUAGGCGGUUCUUUUUAAAAAAACUACAUGACCUACUUAUGUAUGUAUGUAUGUAUGUAUGUAUGUGUGUUUUCUGGAGGAUCCUGCUAUAUGAUGCAUUACUUCUGACUAUUCUACCUUGAUAGCACAGCUGUCCAGUUUCAUUAGAGUAUACAGUAGCACUAAUUAUUAUUAAUAUGUGGUUAAAAGUAAGUUCUGUUUCUGAAUGGAAAACAGCUAUGCCAAAAAAGACACAGUGGGUCCCAUAGUGCUAGAUAUGGAAUUCAAGGUGUAGCCAAGUGAUGCUGAAAUAUAAUUAUGUCCCUGCAUAGGCAUUUUGAUGAGCUGAGGGAUUAACACUUUGCUCCUCCAACCCCUUCAAUCAUACUGCAUGUUUGUUUUACACAUAUGUAUGAGUCAACUAUACAUUUUUUGUGUUCAUUUUAUUACAUGACUAGUGGCAUUAUAAAAUAACAGGUACUAAUAAUUUGACCCUUUGUACAGACAUACAAUCAAUAAUUGUCAUGACUGACACCUCCUAAUGUUCAUUGUACUUAUAAGCCUUUUAACCUUUUAUUAAGCAAAUAUUUCCUUAUUCCAGCAUGUGUGUGGAUUAUUUUUUUUAAUACAUACAGUACUACUAAAAAGACACGUAUUAGAAAACAACAUACUUUACAUAAAAUCUAAUUAAUAAAAAAUAAUCAAGAAAGACUACCAUAAACAAUGAAAAUAUAACAAUGUAUACAUUAUUUGGCAUUGUUAAUAUUGUGAUGUCAGGGGCAACGGGCUUAAAACAAAAUACUUGUUUUUUUGUUUACCAAAUAUAUUCAUUCCCAAAGUGUAUACGGUAAAUCAGGAAUUCUUUUUUAUCUAGCACAUUCUAGUUAAAUAAUUGUUUACUGUUUUUAAUUGUAUUUGAGGUGCUUUGGCAGUACUAGUGGAGCUGUGUUGUUCUGCCUUGCAUAACACAAUAUUGUACUGCAGUAAGAAAAAAACCAUCAUGCGGCAUAUUUUGUCUUUCAAUGUACAGUAAUGUGAUUGUAAAACAAAACUAAGGUAUAUUGUAAAUCCAGAUAAGCAAAUGGCCUUGGGUGUACAUAUUCUGUAAAAUAUUUUAUUUAAUAAAUUAAUUAUACCACUCA